AUGCCUAAGAGAACGCUCGCUACCGCCCGUGGGGCACAUUCGGACAAGGCCGCUCUCCGAGCCCAGGGAAUCAACCCCAACAAGCGUCUCGCAGGGCUGAAUAUCCGUACCGUGCCGCAAAGAAUGACCGCGCAAAACGAACCUCCAGCUCCCAGGGAUGAAUCCGAGGAGGAACCUGAGGAGGGCCCUGCAGAGGAAGCCGAAGAGGAAGCCGAAGAGGAACCUGCAGCCAAGAGGCGCAAGACAACAAAAGCGGCAGGCGGGAAGAGAAAAAGAGCAUCUGACGACGAUGACGAGGAUGACGAAGAGGAAGCCGAGGAGAGCGAGGAGCCCGAGGAAAGACCUAGGAAGAGAGCGAAAUCCGCCGCGAACAAAAAGCCGGCUAGGAAGGCCAAAUCUCCAAAAAGGAAGAACAAGAAGAAGGCGUCUAACAAGAAAGCCAAGAAGGCCAAGGAGUCAGAAGACGAGUCCGAAGAGGAGUCCGAAGACGAGGCCUAUGAUCCAAUGCAAUUGUGGGAAGUCCGGGACAUUAUUGCGGAACAAGUGGACUCUGACGGUCAACUCCAGUACUUGGUAGACUGGGAAGAUAACCCGGAGACUGGUGAGAAAUACGAUCCAACCUGGGAGCCGGCAGAAAAUGUUGUGGACACUUCAGCAGAGAUUCUCGCCGAAUGGGAAGAGAGAAGGGCCCGGAGGGCGAGCACUGAAGAGGAAGUCAGCGCUGAGGCCGUAGACCCCGAUGACAUUGAGAUGGAGGAUGUGCCCGAGGAGGAGAUGCCUGAGGAGGAGGAACGCAGAGAGAUUGUCCAGGGUAGGAGGAGGGCUGGGCCGAAGCCGAGGACGCAGCCAAAGUAUCCCAGGAAGAAGCUUGUAGCUAUGACUGCUCCCAAGUAA